GUACUGUCGGUCGAGCUAACAAGAUUACAAAAAUGUUGCUUCAAAUUUGCAGACAAAGCCUUAUGAUGCGUUCAACCCGCUUGAUGAUGUUUGGCACAGUGUAGUCGGAGAGCCUGGUGGAUUCCUACAACAGCCAGAACAAUUAGGUGCACUCCAAUCAGCUCUGGAACUCAUUUCUGCCAGCCAGCAAAAUGGCAUGGUGUCUGACCAUGUGCAAAGGGGAGAUGGGCUAGCAUAUGACUCCAGACGAUUUGCUGCCGUCCAGCAGGAGGGCUUGCCGUCUGGCCAAGGGCAACUAGGACAGAAGGCAGCAUAUGAGUACCGAAGCGAUGCUAAUCAUAGCAAGCUAUGCGCUGCAAAGGGGAAGUGGGCAGCGGAUGAUAGCUCAGACUCAUCGAGCAGCGACAGUGACGACGAACCGGUCAACCCAAGUGUUCGUCUUGCUAAGAGAUUGGAACAAGCUGAUAGGAGAGGUUUGCACUAUAGCAUAGCCUUCCCCAUAUGAAAAAAAUAUAAUAACAAAAAUGUAAAAAAAAUGCGUUGGGCACCACUGAUGUCCUCCCUGUGGUUGUUUGUGCAGGUGAACCCAUAGAACCACAGGAUGCCCGCGGGGACAUAAGGAUUAAUGAUGUUGUGUGUAGUGCCCGUGUGACAGGCAUGUGCUUGCGUGGCGAAUGACUCGUUUGUAGUUAUUAUCAAAGUGUCUUCAAAUGAUAACAAACAUCUGGAGAUUUAUGUUGAAACACUGCAGGGCCACGUAGCAUGAACCGGCUCAGGAGAAGGCUGCAGCCCAGGGGGGGUGCUGGUGAGGCUCAAUCAAGCACUGCACAUGCGAUUGUUACAAACAAUGCGAUGGUGCAUGUGAGAGGCGACUACCUCAGGGCAGAACUCUAUCAAAUAGAGGCCCAGGCAAAAGCAGACCUUGAACGUUAGUUCCAUGAAAAUUUUAAGUUCUUUGUUGGUACUUGUGUGGUUAGCAUACGGGGGGGGCACACCAACUGGCGGGGGUGUUACUAACAAAUGAUGUUCAUAUGUCAAGCAGACGCACAAAUCCAUGGAAUUCUCCCGUGCAGAGGAGGAGCAUCGGGUACUGAUGCAGGUGCUGUCGACGGGGAGAGGCGUGAGCGUGUACGGAGCUUAUCUGCAGCUGCUCUGGCUGUGGUUGAGCAAGCUAUGGAGAAUCCAGAACUUUUUGAAGGUAUAUUUGAUCAAGCUAGGCAGGUGCUAACAACCCUCGGGGUGCAAGGUUACAACACAGAUAAUGUAACGGGGGAUCAUGACAAUGUAAACAAGCCCUCCAAAGAAAGUGCCGAAGAAGUUACAAAUCUGGGAGAGCCGGCAAGAGACAGCCAACUGGAAGGAGGCGAUGCAAAUGUUGGUGGCGAAAAUUGGAGCAGGAUGCUGAAUACAAGCCAGCAAGUGGCAACGAGCCUUCCUACAAUAAACAACAAUGCUGACGGGUUGCCUAGCGGGGAUAUGGAUGCUGUGCUUGGAGCAGAGGUCCUGGGUGAUGGGUUCUUGGGCGUUGGAUCUAUGGUCCGCACUGAAUAUUCGGGAGAAGACGACGACUCAACGGACUUGGAUGAUGAAUUUCUUGCAGUGGCAUCUCAAGUGCCGAUUGAUUACAUGGAUGUAACUGUACAAGCCCAUGAUGAAACAACCUUGGUGGGAGUGGAUAAUUUGAUUGGUUUACUAGCUGCAUUGAACACAUGCAUCUGCUGGAUCGCGUGGAUUGGAGCCUUAAUGGUUGUCAGGAGCGGAAGGGAAGAAGAUACAGGCGAUGAAGACCCACCAUUGAGCGGCACUAUCUUGCUGGGUUGGCAUGGUGUGCCAGGCGUUGACGAUGCUAGUCCAAUUAGAAGACAACAACAUUCCAGACGACAGCAGACAUCCAGUCGAUGUCCAUUGGAUGUUCAGGAAUCAUGCCGUCCUGGGCCUUGUUUCAAUCAUGACAACAGAGAUGAAGAUGAUGAUGAAGCCCGUGGACAUGGAUUGCCAUCUGAGGAUUGUGGAUCAGCCAACCGUUUCCAACAAGCAAUUAUCACCUAUCUUCAUAACUGCAGCUCUAUAAAACGUGGGAGAUCUCAGAGUGGUGGGACUCGAAACGUGCUCGACGUAAACGAUCUGGGUGCAUCACAACCCAUUGCAGCACAAGACCUGGCCAGAAAUGCAGCUGCUGAUACGGUGACAGAGAUUGAUGGCAAUCAGAAGAAAAACCGCACAGUUGUGCUGGAUGUGCAAACAAACUGUCGCCCUGGACCUUUUUUCAGGCAUGAUGAUACAGGUAACUGUUAA